UUGGGAAAAACAAAGUUAAGAUAUGCCAGUCGGCUUGAGUUCAAACGACGGUAGCAAAACAAUCGACGUAAACCAAUAGCUUGAGUGCGAUGCAGACUGAAGCCAGGGUAGGAGUAGUGAUGGAUGGAGGAGGAAGCGCUGCCGGUGGAGCAGUGGUUGUGGACGGCGGACCAUCUCGGAAAUUGAUUACUCAGCACCGUCACCAGUCUCAGAUCGGAACGGUUCCUCAGCUUCUCGCCGGUGGUGUUGCUGGUGCCAUCAGCAAGACAUGCACUGCGCCUCUAGCGAGACUUACUAUUCUCUUUCAGCUACAAGGAAUGCACGCGAAUGCUGCUAGCUUAAAAAAGGCUAGUAUAUGGCAAGAGGCUUCACGUAUUGUACGUGAAGAAGGAUUUAGGGCAUUUUGGAAGGGUAAUUUGGUCACAAUUGCUCAUCGGCUUCCAUAUUCCUCUAUCAGCUUUUAUGCAUUUGAACGCUACAAGAAUAUGUUGCAGUUGAUUUUGGGAAUUGAAAGCCAGGGAGAGAAUAUAACUGCAGACCUUUGUAUACGACUUGUAGGUGGUGGUUUGGCUGGAAUAACUGCUGCUUCUGUUACAUACCCUUUGGAUCUUGUUAGGACACGCCUUGCUGCUCAGACAAAUGUAAUAUAUUACAGAGGCAUAUGGCAUGCAUUACAAACCAUCAGUAGGGAAGAAGGGAUAGCCGGCCUAUAUAAAGGAAUGGGUGCUACUCUAUUGGGGGUAGGCCCGAAUUUGGCAAUCAGCUUUUCUGUUUAUGACACUGUGAGAUCGUACUGGCAGUCUCAUAGACCAGAUGAUUCAACUGUCUUGGUCAGCCUUGCUUGUGGAAGUCUUUCAGGUGUUGCGUCAUCAACAGUUGGCUCCACCAUGGUGGAUAUUUGCACGGGAGCCAUAUGUAUUUGCAGUUAUCGAAGUGUGAGAGGCUUCCUCAUUGAGUAACAUUCCCUUUGGAUCUUGUGAGGCGCCGAAUACAAUUGGAAGGAGCAGGUGGUCGGGCCCGUGUUUAUAAGACUGGUUUGUUUGGUACAUUCAGUCAUAUUAUCCGGACAGAAGGCCUACGUGGUUUAUAUAGAGGAAUUUUGCCUGAAUAUUACAAGGUUGUGCCUAGUAUUGGUAUUGUCUUUAUGACGUAUGAGAAAAUGAAGCAGCUUCUCUCAGAUAUUGACUGAUGCAUUGGCGGUUGACAUACUUGGAGAGUAAACUAACAAAUACAAGGUGCCGCAGUAUUAUAUACCAGGAGAAUCUGGAAUUCUUUGGAAAUCUCUAGUUGUCGAUGUAAAUUCACACAUUCAUGA